AAACUGGUUUGUGGAAAUCGAAAACCACCAGCCAAAACUGAAUUUCUACUAGUCUGUGACUGGUUGGCUGAGCUCUAAUAUUUGUGAAAGUUCCAUCCUUCUCAGGUUUUUACAAUGAUUACUUUUUCCCGAUAAUUUUCAAAUUCGAUCUUACGCUACCUCUUUGCACUCUUCGUUGCUUUGCGGAGAAAAUUUGAUAUCAGUUUAUUGAUUUUGGUCUCCUACCUAUCCGAGGAACUUUUCUUUUUUCAAAAUAUGUGGCUAAAUAUUUAUUCAGUUUAGAAAUAUAAUCCGCUAAAAUGCUUAGGAUUGAAACUUGGAAAUGAUAGAGAAAACACCCUAUAAUAACUUUCACUUCUUGAUUGCUGUAUGGUAAAUUAAUAUUGUAAGGAGAAGCUACAUUUCCAUCACUUCUUUGACGGCAAGCCAGCUGAUUCACUGAGAAAAAAGAGUUAAAAAGUAAUGUUGCCCUCAGACAAGGAAGAAAACAGCUACUUCCCUAAAAAGUUUAUGGACUCCAACAUUGUCAGUUUUUAUUUUUACCUUUUUCAGGUUUACUUCUUUGUUAAUUCUUUUCCACGGUAACCAGAAAAGAGUUGUAAUGAAUAACGCUGCAGAAAUCCUAAAAUCAGUCCAGAUAGGUUUAGAUGAUGCCAUAUUUCUUCUCAAGACUGAUCGUGGCCCACAUGCGACCCAGUUAUGCAAUGAAUGUGUAAUUCUUCUUAAAAACCUUGACUCUGGUAUUCACCUUGAUAUUUACGAUGUGAUAUUCAAUGCGUACAACGCCAUCUCUGGUUUCAAACGUGCGGAAAGAUAUGCUGAGAAACUUCUUUACACGUUCAUCCACGCUGAAAGACUAACCAUACAACUAGGUGACAAACUUAAAGCACAGGGCCGGUUUGUAGAGGCAAAGCAAUGUUUCAAAAGCGCACUCACAACCAUGCAAACGAUUGGCCACAAAAGAGAAGAAGCAAUGGCUCAUGAACGACUUGGAAAGGUAUGUGAGCGCCUCGCUGAAAUGCAGGAGGCAAAAAUACACAUUGAGAAAGCACUUGCAAUCGCGAUAGAAAUUGGCGACAAACAAGGAGAAGAAAUAAGAUACGGGAACCUCGGAUCUCUGUUGUAUUCCCUUUCCGAAUAUCAGAAGGCUGUAGUAUGUCACGAGAAAGCACUGGCCAUCGCGACAGAAAUUGGCGACAGACCAGGAGAAGGAGCAGUAUACGGGAAACUCGGAAUUGUGUUUUUGUUCCCUUGGAGAAUAUCAGAAAGCUAAAGAAUAUAACGAGAAAGCACUUGUCAUCGCGACAGAAAUUUGCAACAGACAAGGAGAAGGAACAUUAUACGGGAACCUCGGAGCUAUGUUUUGUUCCCUUAGCGAAUAUCAGAAGGCUAAAGAAUAACAAGAGAAAGCACUUGCCAUCGCGAUAGAAAUUCGCGACAGAAAAAAAGAAGGAACAAGUUAUGGGAACCUCGGAACUGUGUUGUAUUCCCUUGGCGAAUACCAAAAGGCUAAAGAAUAUAACGAGAUAGCACUUGCCAUCGCAAUAGAAAUUGGCGACAGAAGAGGAGAAGGAUUAUUAUACGGGAACCUCGGUAUUGUGUUUUGUUCCCUUAGCGAAUAACAGAAGGCUAAAGAAUAUCAAGAGAAAGCACUUGCCAUCGCGAUAGAAAUUCGCGACAGACGAAAAGAAGGAACACUUUAUGGGAACCUCGGAUCUGUGUUGUAUUUCCUUGGCGAAUACCAGAAGGCUAAAGAAUAUCUAGAGCAAGCACUUGCCAUCGCGAUAGAAAUUGGCGUCAGAAAAGGAGAAGGAUUAUUAUACGGGAACCUCGGAACUGGUUUUAUUCACCGUGGAGAAUAUCAGAAAGCUAAAGAAUAUCAAGAGAUAUCACUUGCCAUCGCGAUAGAAAUUGGCGACAAACAAGGAGAUGGAGCUAGGUACGGGAACCUCGGAACAGUGUUUCAUUCCCUAGGCGAAAAUCAGAAGGCUAUAGAAUAUCACGAGAAAUCACUUGCCAUCGCGAAAGAAAUUCGUGACAGACGAAGAGAAGGAACAAGUUAUGGGAACCUCGGAGCUGUGUUUCAUUCCCUUACCGAUUAUCAGAUGGCUAAAGAACAUUACGAGAAAUCGCUUGCCAUCGCGAAAGAAAUUGGCGACAGAAAAGGAGAAGAAACAAGGCACCAGAACCUCGGAGCUGUGGUUGAAUCUUUUGGCGAGUAUCAGAAAGCUAAAGAAUAUCACGAGAGAGCACUUGCCCUCGCGAUAGAAAUUGGCGACAUACAGGGUGAAUGUGCAGCAUACCAUUGUCUUGGAAAUGUUUAUUUUCAUUUCCGAAAAAAUCGGCAAGCUAAAGAAUAUUUGGACAGAGCAGUUGGCAGCAGUAUAGCAAUUGGUGACAGAUUAGGAGAAGCCUGCGUUCUUGUGAGUUUGGCAACUGUAUUUGCUUCUAUGAAUGACAAUCAGAAAGCAAAAGAACAUUGAGAGAAGGCUCUUACCAUCAUCAGAGAAGCUGGCCAUAGAAAUAUCGAAGCACGUGUUUACAUAAACCUUGGCAAUAUAUACCAAUUACUUGGUGAACGUGGCAAGGCAGAAGAUUGUUUAGAGAAAGCUUAGUCCAUAAGCAGCCAAACUGGAGACAAAAUGGCUGAGUUUAAAUGCUUUCUCUUUCUUCCUAAGUUAAAGAUAUCGCAAGGGGAACUUGAGGAGGCAAAGAAAUAUCUUCUACAAAGUUUAGGAAAAUACGAACAAAUGAACACUCUUCUGAAAGAAAGCAGUAAACUUAAAAUGUCUCUUUUCGAGGAACACGGUACUUUUAUCUAUCAGUUACUCAGUUCCUUGCUUUGCCUUAUUGGAAAAUUUCGAGAUGCUCUCUAUCUCGAGGAACUGGGACGAGCACGAGUCCUCGCAGAAUCAAUGGCAGACAAAUACUCCGCGGAAAGCCACAUCUCAGCUGAUCCACAUAAAUGAUUCGGGAUUGAAAAAAUCGUGAAAAGAGAAAGUAACUAUGUUUUUAUGCACAUUUCGUAUGCACAGCGGUACGUUCUUUUUUGGGUAUUGAAAGCAAAUGGAGACACUUGCUUUCGACAAACAGAAGCGAAAGUAAACACUCUUGAUGCUGAGCAAGUUUGCGAUGUGGAAGGAAUUUUCAAAAAGUGCGCCGCUGGCUUUGGCGUUUUACCCACAGCGAACUGCGAAGAUCGAUCUCUGUAUGACGGCGUGACGACAUCUCUUCAUAAAGAGAAUCGAGCAAAUUUGCGAGGUGAACAAAUCAAUGAUACCGAAAGAAUUCAUAAUUUGUGCUACAAAUGGAUUGUCGCGCCUGUGGCAGAUUUACUUACAGAGCCUGAAAUCAUCAUUGUGCCGGAUCGUUUUUCGUAUCGAGUCCCGUUUGCUGCCCUGCGUGAUGAACCGGCCGGAAAGUGUUUAUCGGAGAAGUACAGAAUACGCAUCGUCCCUUCAAUAACGACUCUCCGUGUCAUUGAAGAGAGUCCAGUGGGCUAUCACAGUCAAACUGAUGCACUGGUAGUGGGUAAUCCUACGGUUGGCGAAGUGCAUUACAAUGGACGAGUCAUUAACGUUACACCAUUGUUCUGUGCAAGUAAGGAAGCAGAGAUGGUUGGUCGAUUGAUGGGCGUUCAGCCUUUAACAGGAAGUCACGCAACAAAGCAGGCGGUACUUCGAGAAAUGCCUCUGGUGAGUCUGAUACAUCUUGCCGCACAUGGAAAUGCUAAUAGAGGAGAGAUUACCCUCUCUCCUCAACGUAAUACUAACAGUGCCCAGUGUACUGCUAAAAGUACUCCAAAAGAGGAAGACUACCUCCUGACAAUGUCCGACAUUCAAGGAGUACAAGUGCGAGCUAAACUGGUUGUACUCAGCUGUUGUCUCAGUGGGCGUGGAUUAGUUAAAAAGGAAGGAGUUAUUGGAAUCGCUCGAGCAUUCUUAGCAUCUGGUGCACGUUCAGUGUUGGUAGCAUCGUGGGCUAUAGAAGACGAAGCAACGGCGAAGCUCAUGGAGCAUUUCUAUAAACACCUUGUUCGUGGAGAAAGUGCCAGUGAAUCUCUUCACCAAGCCGUUCAAUGGUUGAGAAGCAAUGGGUUCCCCAAAGCUUCCCAAUGGGCUCCCUUUGUGCUGAUAGGGGAUAACGUGACGUUUAAUUUUGUGAAAAAAGGGAAAGAAGAAAUCAGUGAGGACAACAAAGAGGCAGAGAGAGGAACAGAGUGACUACUGAUCCUGCUCAAAGAUUGUUCUUCCCAUACAAUACCUAUAAACAGACACUGGUAUUACUUUGCGUAGACAUUUUUAGUUUGUUUCAAAGUCAAGAAGUCGUUUUUGCAUGCUUUUGUCAACACGGUUGAAUCGAAAAGUGAGCGACAAUUAAGUAUAUCAAUAGGGAACUAAAAUUAAAUUGGGAUGGACAAAAUGAACGCAGCAAAUUAGGUAAAUGUUUAAAAAUGUGAGAAUGUUGGCGAAGUUUCGUCACGACUCAAAAUUAUUCCUUGAAUAAUACCACCAUGUUCACCAAAGAGUGAUAAAAACUGUUCGCAGGUGCUGCAGAUGAUAGCAUGACAAACAAACCGGAGAGUGAUAAAAACUGUUCGCAGGUGCUGCAGAUGAUAGCAUGACAAACAAACCGGAGAGUGAUAAAAACUGUUCGUAGGUGCUGCAGAUGAUAGCAUGACAAACAAACCGGAGAGGGAUAAAAACUGUUCGCAGGUGCUGCAGAUGAUAGCAUGACAAACAAACCGGAGAGGGAUAAAAACUGUUCGCAGGUGCUGCAGAUGAUAGCAUGACAAACAAACCGGAGAGGGAUAAAAAACGUUCAGACACUAAAGAAACAAUCAAACAGAAAGGAGGAGAAACAGUGCGCGAGAUACCAACGCAAACAUAAGUCAGAAAAGAGAACAUAGUAAAAUAAGCAAAAAUGACUAAAAGCAUAGGAUAAAAACGUCGCCCUAUAUAUCGGAAGUGACUGCAUCGCGAGACAAACGAUAAAUACUUAGGAACUCUUGUACUUUCAAACUGUCAAUGUAAGGUUAAGUUUAAGUUUAAGU